AUGGGCCCCUUCCUCAAUCACUGGAGUUCACAUAGUGAUGGACUGAGCAAAGAGGUGGGACAGAAUUGUAAUUGGUUCCUGUGUGAUUCUCACUGCAGGAGGACUGUGCCCUAUGGACUGUCUAACUACAGAGGCAGCUUCAGAGGCAAGAGGAGCACAGGGCAGGGCCAGAGCGCUCCCCAGCCCUCGCUGCGCUGCUCCUGCUCGGAUGCCCGUGACAAGCAGUGUUUGCAGUUCUGCAGAAGAAUGCAGGACAGAAGGAGCUUUAACAUUUACUUGCUGGAGCUCAGAAACAAGAACUUAAACUACAACUCUCCCUUGAGAUGGACAAACUUGAUGCUUCAGUGUGAUGCCAGUGGAGAAUUCAGCAGUAGGCAACACUUCCAUUUCAGCAGUGCCCCUCUGAGGGCAUGGGAGCCUGUAUGAAGAAGCUUUUCUCCCCUCGAGAGAGCCUCAGAAAAGGAUAAACCUUUACCAUGUAACCUGGCAGGGAAUGUAUCACUAUUGAGGAAAACUUCAAAGGCAGACCCAAACUUCAGCAAUGCAAAGCUUCAGGAAACGUUUUUCGCUGUGAUUUAAACAAGUACAAUAGAAACUGUUCCACUCACUGUUUGCUCUGUGUCUGAAGAUUCCAUCCACAGUUCUGUGCAGGCAGCUGCAAGUGGAGAAUGAGGAGAGUUAGAGGGAGAUUGCCUCUACAUCAGUUCUCAUUAAGAAUAAACAGAUACAAAAUAUUUCUCUUGUUAAUGUAUGCAAGCCUGAAUCAUCAUAUUGUAACUUUGUGGCAGAUGUUUAAAUGACAGUAUCUAUGCAGAAUAAAUAUGAAUGGCUAAUAUAAAUACUAUUAUAAACUAUAGCAAGUUAAGAGUAUACAUUGAGUAUUCAAUAGAUUACCUAAUUUAGGCACAAGUUAUUCCUGCACUUGGAAGUUCCAUUCAAACACACUUACAGUGAUUAUCUGGGGAUGCACUGUUGCUGGUGAACAGAACUUCAGUGAUUCAUCCCAAAGAAUUUUCCUACAGAUGCAAGGCUAGGACUGUGGAACUUGAUGCCAUCAGAGUCAUUUCUGUGCUGGCCAUUUGCUGUGCCAGGCCCCUACAGGUCACAGCCACAGCACAUCCCCUGGGCUUUGCACAGAUCCCAUUAUCUCUCCAUUGAAACACCAGCACCAAAUAACCCAGAAACUUGGCAAUAAGGAUUAAAUCCAACCCUGGACAUUUUUCAGUGUAAACGAUUUCUUCAGAAAUUAUGGACUUAUUUUUGCUACAAGGAUACAAGAGUAAGCCAAGGAAAAAGAGUAACUUUUGCAAAUCCUGUUCUAUAUUAUUUAAAAGGGAGGAAAGCCCUUACUUGUGACAUUACAAAUUUUUUGGGGGUUUAUUGACCUUAAUGCAGACUUUCCCCAGGGCACAUAGGUUAAACAACAACCCCCUGUUUUUAAAUUAUAUUUUAGAAGAAGAAAGAUGGAGACCAAAGGAAAAGUGAAAAGAAAUCAACAGUAAAAAUAUCUAUAUAGGGCUUAAACCAGUGGUAAUAGUUUUUGUUCAAAACAAGAAAGGGAGGUCUUUGCCAAAGCAUAUGAUAUAUUUUAUAUAUAUGUGGAUAUAUUUCAUAAAUAAAUUAUUACAGUUAUAAAAUUAAAUAUAUCUUUCAGUUAUUGCAUUUGUAUCAGUUUCUUACUUGCUGUGUAACUGAUUUUGUACAUUUAUAGAAAAUAGAUUAUUUAUUGUAUAAAACCACUAGACACACUAUUUUUUGGUAUUCUUUUUUAAAAGACAUUGUAUAGUUUUGGGGUUUUUGAAAAAGAAUCAGGCUUUGUUAUGAAGAAUGCUUAAUGUUCCUAAUGUUCCUUUGUGACCAAAACCUGGAAAUUUCUUCCCCUGACAAAUCCCUCCACACAGGUCACACAGCUUGCUGCCUUUAAGAGGUUGAUAAUUCUCCUGACAGUCUGGGAAUUGAGUAGGAAAACAGGAGAGCAAACUCUGUGCUAGUAAUUAUGCAUAAAAAGUCACGUUUCAAUUUUGGGUCCUUUCGCUAUAAAUGUAACCCUCAUCUGUCUCCUAAUCCUGGGACAAACAAGGCAAAAGUUAUUUGUCCUGAGAGUUCUUUAUGUGGCCAAUGUCCCUGGAGCUCAGCUCCAGUCCCAACCACGUCCCAGGGCUGAGCAAUCCUCCAGAGCCUCCUCAGCUCAGCUUUUACACGACCUGCUCAGCCUGUGCUUGGAAUUCUCCUGUCUUCCCCCAUGUGAAUUCAAUUUAAAUGUUCCAUUUGAAGAUGCAUUCACACCUUCCCCAGUCCCAAAUGCUUUAAUUUAAUUUUCAACAAUCACAAAAAAAGAGAAAUUUCUAAUUGGGUUCUUUCUUUGACAUGGAGGCAGAUUUAGCCCUUGAGUGGUGGGCUACAGAUGUUACUGUUGUGUUUUCUCCUUAGGAAAGAGAAAUCCCCCCUUUUUUUUUUCCUAUAUGAAUUCCACAUUGAAGGGGUUUGGUUUUGGGACUCUGGUGCCAAUGUACCAGUUAAUGUGAAAAUCAGUCCAUUCUGAAUACAGCAAAAGAAAGAAAAUGAGAAAUAAUGUUGUGUCAAGUUCAGAAGAAGGAAAAUUUAACUGUAGAUAUUUCCAAAUAAACCUAUAAACCAUAGAAUUUA